AUGAGGCAAAAGUGGUUAAAUCAAUGUAACAUUAAAGGAACAAUACCUAAUUAUUCAUACUUAUGUUCAUCACAUUUUAAAAAAGAGGAUUAUUUUAGUACGAGACUUAAGAAAAACGCACUCCCAAAACUUGUUGAAGACCAAAUUGAAAUACAAUAUGUUCCCUCACAUAGCGAAAACAAAAUAUUAAGUUGUUCAGAAUCAAGUACACUAUUUGUUGAAAAUAGGUAUUAUUAAGAUCUUGAUAGUUAAAUUUAUAAAAUUCCAAAAUGUGUAGUAUAUAUUACUAUUAUAUUAUA